UUAUCCUCCAUUCCCAACCCACCAUUUCUCAUCUCUCCCUCUGUUCUGCUCUGCUCUGCUCUGCUCUGCUCUGCUCCCAUGGCGAUGGCCGCUCAAGCAACCCUCUUCACCCCAUCUCUCACAACCCCCAAAUCCACCGCCACCGCCGUCUCCUGGAAGCAAUCCCCAACUCUCUCCUUCCUCAACGCCAAGCCCCUCAACCUCGCCUCCUCUUCCCGACUCAUCAAAGUCUCCGCCGAGGCCGAGGCCGCAGCUGCAGAAGCUCCAGCCGGAUUCUCCCCGCCAGAGCUCGACCCAAGCACCCCUUCCCCAAUCUUCGCCGGCAGCACCGGGGGGCUGCUCCGGAAGGCCCAGGUCGAGGAAUUCUACGUCAUCACAUGGGAAUCCCCCAAGGAGCAAAUCUUCGAAAUGCCGACUGGCGGCGCCGCCAUCAUGCGACAGGGCCCAAAUCUGCUGAAAUUGGCUAGGAAAGAGCAGUGCUUGGCGCUGGGGACGAGGCUGAGAUCCAAGUACAAGAUUAAGUACCAAUUUUACAGGGUUUUUCCCAACGGAGAAGUACAGUAUUUGCAUCCCAAAGACGGGGUUUAUCCAGAGAAGGUGAAUCCAGGCAGGGAAGGAGUGGGGCAGAACUUCAGGUCCAUUGGGAAGAAUGUCAGCCCCAUUGAGGUCAAGUUCACCGGAAAACAAGUGUAUGAUUUGUAACAAAAUUUCCCAUUUCUAAUGUUCUUAUAUCAUAUGAAUUAUCUUAUCAAUCCUUGUUAUUCUCUCUGUCUUGUUUAGCAAAUUCCGAUGUAUGUUGGAUUGUAAAUUUGUCGCA